UAUAUCAAAAUAUAUCAUUCGACAUUUAACAAUAAUUCAGUUAACACAACAAAACAGUAUUUUCCAGAUAAACAUGCAGUGCCUUUCCGUGAUGUUAGUUUUGGCUGCCAGCGUCUGCAUGGCAUGUGCCGAUGAUUUAGCAAAGCCCACCGACUUCAAAUUCUCAUACGGCGUCAAUGACCCAGCUACCGGCGACAACAAAGAACACACUCAAGUUAAGAACGGAGAUGUUGUCAGCGGCUUUUACCGUACCUUGGACGCCGACGGUAUGAUGCGUACAGUCAACUACUAUGCCGACCCUAUCACUGGUUUCAACGCCGACGUAGUCCGUACUCCAGCUAGCGAAUUAGCGCCAGUGGCUCCAGCUUUAGCUCCAGUUGCACCAGUCACCGUAGCUGCCAAGUUACCAGCCUUUUUCCCUAACGUAGAGCCAUUCACCCCAGUCACCUUAGCUACCAAGUCACCAGCCUUUUUCCCUAACGUAAAGCCUUUCGCCCCAUUCGCAAAAUCUGCAUACUCAUUCCCAGCAUACCCACACUCUCUCUUCCGUAACUCCUUUUACCCACAUUCCUUGUACCCAGAAGCACAUUUCGCAACUGAACUUCCUUUCUCUAGAGCAGCCAACAAGUGGCACGGUGCUUAUCCUUUUAGUACUUUACCAUACAGUUAUGGAGCCUACCCAUACAACUACGAAUCAUAUCCAUCCAAUUAUGGAGCUUUACCUUUGGGUUAUAAAAAAUAAUUUUUCCUAUUUAAAUUGUAUAUUAAAUAAUGAGUCAUAUUAAUAAAUAUAUUUGUUUUUUUUUUAUAGAAAAAACUUGUGUUUGAUAUUUAUUUUUUUAUAUUAGCAUUUUUUUACUUUUUUACAAAUUUUUAAAAUAUUAGCAAAUUAUUACAAUUUUAUUAAAAUGUUGAGAGUGUAUAAGCUAAAAUUACUGCAAAUUCGGAUUCAGCGUAUGAAAUACAUAGGAACAUGUUGAUCUUAACGAAAGUACAAGCCACAUUUUAUUUAUGAAUUCAUCUGUUAUAAUUUAGGGCGAUAAUAUCUGCAUGUUAGAUUAUUUUUUUAUUUAAACGUAAAUCAUGUGUGCAUGAUUAUUAAAAAUUAUAUUUUAACAGUUUUUACGUAUUAGUUGGCCAUAGUAGUAAACUUUUAGAUAAAUUAAUAAUAUUCUUCAUACAAGUACAUAAAUUCUAUAAUUCUAUUAAUGCUAGCCACUGGAUUUAUC